AUGCAGCGCGCGGACGCGCGCGACGCCGAUCCGGCGCGCGCGGCGCGGUGGUUGGACGAGGCGAAGGCGUCGGUGAAAGAGCACGCGUUUCGCAUGAAACGGGCGGCGGACGAGGAUAACCUGCGCGAGGCGCUGAAGUGCGCGAGCUUGAUGCUGGGCGAACUGCGGGCGACGACGCCGGCGCCGCGCGGGUACUACGAGCUGUACAUCGCGGCGAGCGACGAGUUGAUGCACCUGCGACGGUUCUUUGGGGAUAAGUCUCGACACGGACGGUCGUGCGUGGAGUUGUACGAGUUAGUGCAACACGCGGGGAACAUACUGCCGCGAUUGUACCUGCUGAUCACGGUUGGGGCGACGUACGUGGAGCUGGGAGAGGGGAGCGCGAGGGACGUGUUGAUGGAUUUGGUGGAGAUGACGCGCGGGGUGCAGCAACCGAUGCACGGGUUGUUCUUGAGAGCGUAUUUGAGUCAGAUGAGUAAGGGGUUGUUGCCGGAUAAAGGAUCGCGGUACGAAGGCGAGGGAGGGAACAUCGACGACGCGGUGGAGUUUUUGUUGCAAAAUUUCACCGAGAUGAACAAGUUGUGGGUUCGUAUGCAACACAUCGGACCGUCAAACGGGAAGAAGCGUCGAGAGGGCGAGCGGGAAGAGCUACGAGAUCUCGUGGGGAAGAACUUGCUCGCGCUGUCUCAGCUCGAGGGCGUGGAUUUGCAGCUGUAUCGCGAGACAGUGUUACCGCGCAUUCUGGAACAGGUCGUGAAUUGCAAGGACGAGCUCGCACAGCCGUACUUGUUGGACGUACUCAUCCAGGUGUUUCCGGACGAAUAUCACCUGGCGACGUUCGAAGAAGUGUUCUCCACGAUGUCGAUGUUGCGCGCGAAUGUGCGAGUCGGUUCGAUUCUCAACGCGCUUCUUGGGCGGUUGCUGAGUUACGCCGAGGAAACUCCCGAGGCAAAGUCAGAGUUUGAGGCCGCGGAUGUGUUCCCGAAAUCGUUUGAAUGCUGCCAAGCGAUCAUUGGAGCACACGAUGACGUACCGGCGAAGGAAAUUAUAGGCAUGUACGCGGCGUUGAUGGCGUUUGCGAGAAAGCUGCAAAUCACCGAAGCGGGUACUUUGGACGACAUUUUGCUCGCACUGGCGAACUCCUUGCAGAGUAAACUUCCAAUCACGGAUCCAGAGGUCGCGCAGCAGCUUUCAACGUUACUUAGCGAUCCAUUAGAAUCGUGCGAGCUGUCCGUCGUACUCUCGUUGAAGUCGUAUCCGAAAGUCAUCGCGCUGCUGGACGAAGACACGAAGAAAAAAGUCGCACUCGGCGUGGUGCAAACUUUGGUGAAGAAUAGAAGCACGCUGACGACGGUGGAUCACGUGAAAAUGCUUUACGACUUCAUAGACUGUGUCGUGUCCGCGGAUGCAAAGGAAGCUUCACAGGCGAUGGAAGAUGUCGAGAAAGAGCGAAGCGCCGCGAUUGCCGAGGAACAAAACGUCGUGGCACGCGUGGUACAUUUGAUCAAGGCUCCCGAAGAUAAUCACGAGCUUCAACUCGAAAUGCUGAACACCGCGUACGACAUUUUGCUGAAAGGCGGACCUCGGCGAAUUCGUCACACAUUUCCCGCGCUCGUGUUUGCGGGCAUCGCUUGUGGGAGAGAUAUUGUGCCCGCCGAUGCGAACAAUGACGACAAAGAAGCGAUUUCAUUUACGACGCCGAUAGAGGUCAAGUCACCGUGGCUAAAGAAGUCGCUUCACUUUGUGCACAAGAGCAUCACCGCGCUCACGGAGGUGGCCGGACGUCACGAAAAGGCGCUGAAGCUCUUCCUCGAAGCCGCACAACUUGCCGCGGUGGCAAACUUAGAGUCCAUCGCGUACGAGUUCUUCGAACGCGCUUUCGUACUUUACGAAGAAAACAUCACCGAUACGAAGAAACAGGUGAAUUUGCUCUUCAUAAUUAUCGGCACGUUGCACAAAGUGAAUGUCUUUGGUGCCGACAGCCGCGAAUCUUUGGUGCACAAAACUACAGGCUAUAGCGCGCGUUUGCUGAAGAAACCAGAUCAAUGCGUGGGAGCGUACACGUGCGCACACUUAUUUUGGACCGAGACGGUGAAAGAUAGCGAUUCCGUGGCGUCGUGCUUGAAGAAAUCGGUGAAAAUAGCCAACGCCGUGCGAGACACCUUUGGCGGCAACGCGGCGAACCGAAUCGAAGCUCUCGGGCUCUACGUCGGCAUCCUGAACAAAUACCUGUACUUUUACGAUAAAACUCCUGAGGGAUGUACUUCCGUCACCGUCGAGGCAUUGCAAGCGCUCAUCGACAUGAUCAACACCGAGCUGUCGAGCGUGGGCGACGUUCGCAACGCCGAAUCCAUCGGCGCCUUACGCGACGUCGAACAAUCGUACGCGAACACCCUCACACAUAUCCGACAGCAGAAACACAAAGUAGAGGACGGCACCGCGGAUAGGUACAGCACGCUCGUCGUUUAG